GAUUUUUAAAGCAUUAAGAUCGUUUUUGAUCGUGAAACCUCUUCGAUACUAUUUACCAAUAAAAUGACUACUCCCUUUUAUUGAUAGCAACAACCAAUGAAAAGUAAGCUGUUGAGAAAUAUCAACAAAGCUAUCCGGAGUUGUGUGUCAACUUGAUUGAAGUUGUCUCAUGUGAUGGAUAAAGUAAAAGAAGAGGCGGAGAGAUACAGUGGGUAUGUCCGGGAGAAGCUGGGUGACAUCCUGUCGUCUGCUGUAGCAGACGUCGCUAAGGAGCGACCAGACGACCCGAUAGAUUACCUGGCCCAUCGGUUGUACAGCACGGCGACGCAACGCAACACAGCAACAUGUGCAGCAAGAACAGAAGCAACCUUUGCAAGACCAGCUCUUACAGUUCUGAAACCUAGACAUGGCUACGGGACUCGUGUUACAAAGUCGAGACUUUCUAGAUGCAGGCUAGAAAAUGAAAUGUCCCUGAUUCAAGUGAAAAAUGACAAGAAAACGGAGGAAAAAACAGAAAUGAAGAAUUCUUCAAAUAUCAAUACGGAAAAAUCCUCUCCAAAACAAACCACAAAUUCUUAUCAAAAAUUGGGACUUAAUGAAAGGGGACAUUUACCGAUACCAACUAAAGGAAACAAUUCAACAGUGACAAACAGUGUACCGGGAAUUGCAGGAUCAGUGCUAAAGACACAAGAAGAUGACGGCACUAAGUCACAAAAUCACAGAGGACAGUUUUACACGACGGACGAUGAAGGUUUUAUUGAGGACUCGAUGUCGUUUGGUAAUCCCUCAAAACCCAUGUUUGUUCACCAGUCUUUCAAACACGUUCUGCGAGACGUCCACUGUGAUCUGUUUGACGAUAACGAUUUGACCUGAACAGAAAAAUAAAUAUUGAAACAGCUUCUUGUUUAUUUUAGUUUUGUUCCUAUACAUUGACCAUAAGUUGUUUAUUUCUCUAUUCACAUUCAUGCACAUUGAAAACGUUUAUCGAGCAGUUUCUCCUUUUUU